AUAAGAUCUACACUGAAAGAUUUCAGGGUUUCAGGUUUUCCAUCUCUUCUGAUAAGAAGGAAUGAAGGCUGUUGUGGCAGUCAUGGCCGCGUGGCUGUUCCUGGCCACCUCGAGACAGUCUGCUGCAGGGGAGAGCCUUGGCAGGCCAUUCAUACUGAGCUCCGUGGAGGAGGCUAAGAGGAUUGUAGACGAGGCCUACAAGUACUCCAGGGAGAGGACCCUAGCACAGGUGAACAGCAACACGGCCAGCCACUCGGAUAUCCUGCGCCUGCUGAAGCAGCCGUCCCGGGACGCACGCUCGGCCGUGCGCUCUGCCGAGUACACAGAGACCACCCUGAGGCUUAUAAAAGAGAAGACCCACCACGCCUACAAGUCCUCCAUCAAUGCUACGGACAUGCUUAGUCCUGAGGACAUGGACACCAUUGCCAGGCUCACAGGCUGCAAAGCCAGGAUACUGCCCCCCUCUUGCCGCACCAUCAUAAUGCUGAGCCAGUACCACACCGCCACUGGGAUCUGCAACAACCUGAAAAAUCCUCGUCUGGGUGCAUCCAACAUGCCCUUCGUCCGCUGGCUCCCUGCACAGUACGAGGACGGCAUCUCACAGCCCCUGGGUUGGGACACCAAGAAACAACACAACGGGUUCCUUCUCCCCUUGGUCAGGGAGGUUUCCAAUCGAAUCCUGCGUACAGCCAACAAGGAUGUGGAAAAUGACAUCCAGUACUCCCACCUGGUGACGAUGUUUGGCCAGUGGAUAGACCAUGACCUGACCUUCACCCCAUCUUCACCAUCAAUCCGCUCUUUCAGCAAUGGCAUCAACUGUGCGCAAAGUUGUGAACGUACGAACCCCUGCUUCCCGAUGAAGAUCCCCCCAAAUGACCCCCGUUUCAAGGACAAGCCUCAAGUAAAGUGCUUGCCUACCCCCCGCUCAGCACCUAGCUGUGGGACAGGAGAGGGGGGCUACAUGUUUGGAGCGGUCAAUGUGCGGCAGCAAAUGAACACACUGACAGCCUUCCUGGAUGUAGGUCAGGUCUACGGCUCGGAGGAUGCGCUGUCGCGAAACCUGCGUGACCUCACGAAUGAUGGCGGGCUGCUACGGGUCAACCAUCGUUUCUUUGACAAUGGCAGGGAACUGCUGCCCUUUGUCAAUAUGACUUUCAACUUUUGCGCCACACGUCAGAAGAUAACGGGCAACAAGAGCCUGAAGGAGGUGCCCUGCUCUUUAGCAGGUGAUCUUCGUGUGGAUGAGAACACCGGGCUGACUUCUUUACACACGCUGAUGUUGCGUGAGCACAACCGGCUGGCACGUGUCCUGCACCAGCUCAACCCGCACUGGGAGAGCGAGAGGCUCUACCAGGAGGCUCGCAAAAUCAUGGUCGCAUACCACCAGGUGAUCACCUUCCGUAACUACCUGAAACUCAUUGUUGGACCUAAGCACAUGCAUAAGCAUCUCGGAAAGUACCCCGGCUACAAUAAGAAUGUGGACCCCAGCAUCUCCAAUGUGUUCGCCACAGCGGCCUACCGCUUUGCUCACUUGACCGUCCAGCCGAUCAUUUUCCGACUAGAUGACAAUUACAACGAGCAUCCAAGUUUUCGCUCUGUGAUGCUGCACAACACCUUCUUUGCUCCCUGGAGGAUCAUCUUCGAAGGUGGCGUGGACCCCGUGAUGCGGGGCCUGAUUGGUCGGCCGGCCAAGCUCAACAGCCAAAAGCACAUGAUGCAUGAUGAACUUCGCGAGCGGCUCUUUGAGUUCUCCAACAGUAUAGCGCUCGACCUGGCAUCUCUCAACAUGCAGCGUGGGCGGGACCAUGCCCUCCCCGGCUACAACGCGUGGCGGAAGUUCUGUGGCCUGUCCCAGCCAAAGACACUGGAAGAGCUGGCUGUUGUUAUGCAGAACAAAACCUUGGCUAAGGAGCUCAUGAAAAUGUACGGCACCCCAGACAACAUCGACGUGUGGCUGGGCGGCGUGGCAGAGCCCUUUGUCAAGGGGGGUCGCGUCGGGCCUCUUUUUGCCUGCCUCAUCGCCACGCAGUUUCAGAAGAUCCGACAAGGGGACCGAUUGUGGUGGGAGAACAACGGUGUGUUCAGCCCCGCCCAGAGGGCCUCCCUGGCCUGCGUGUCGAUGGCACGCAUCAUCUGUGACAACACUGGAAUCACAAGGGUCCCAAAAAAUCCCUUCCUGCUCAACCCUAAACAACUAGACCUUGUGAGAUGCAAAACCAUCCCUACCUUGAACCUGAAGCCCUGGCUUGAGAGACCAGCAGGGAAUCGCAACGUUCCAACUGAAAAUGCAAACUCAAAGGGAAUAGAAGAGCCUGUGGAGAUCCCACCCCCUACCAUGAAUGACACCCAAUACUCUGCUUUCUCCAUGCGGCUGGGUAAUAAUCCCCCCAAACCUGGCCAGGUGAUCAUCUUCGGGGAGGCGACAGAUGAAGGGCAGGGCCACUACAGCACGGAGACGGGGAUGUUCACCUGCAUGGUGUCAGGCAUGUACCAGUUCCACUUCCACUGCAUCCUGCCUCGAGAUGCUGGCAGCAUUCACCUGAUGCGGAACGGGGAGCUGGUGGUCCCAUCAUUCCUGAGGAAGCAGGAGGGUUUUGUCACAGCCUCUGGCGGUGCGGUGCUUCUGCUGAAGAAGGAGGACAGGGUGUGGUUACAGGGCAGCCAUGGUGCUAAAGUGCUGAGCGCAGACAGCACCUUCACUGGCUACCUGCUGUUUGUCAUGUAAUGAGACCACACACACACACACACACAGCCUUGCCAACGGGGUGUCAAAUGCUGUUUCUGGAAAGCUGUAUCCAUGCAGGUUCUGUACCCAACUUACCCAUUCAGUUUAGGGCUAUCAUUUUAAUAGCAGAUUUUUUAAAAAUUGACUAAUCACAUCUGAAGGUAUGCAUGUAGAAUUAUUUGUAAAGGUUUACGUAUCUUUAAAUCGUUUUUGAUGAAAGUCGGUCGGGCUACCUGACUUCUGGUAAUGAUUGUACUGCAUUCAGGUUAAGGUACUGUUAAAAUGUUAAAAUUACUCU